GGUUUGUGUGGCGUUGAGUUCGCUUUUCGGGUUUUAGUUGCAGUUUCCGAUAGCGUGAAAGGAGGAGUUUUAAACGUCUCGACUUUUUUUUUUUUAAAUUAUUAUUUAAAUAAAUAAGUUACAGCAUCCACAUGUACCGAGGCUCCGCAGGUCCGCGGCCUGGUGGGCGGUUUCCGUCCCCGUCGUCGAGUUGGUCUUACACCGGAGCUCGCUCCCCGUCAGGCGGACCCACCUACGGAAGCUUCGGGCCUCGCGGGGCUUCUCCCCGCGGCGGUCCCAGAUAUUCUCCGCAUUCUCCUGGGUACUCCCCGGGCUCGCACAGAGGAUUCAGCGAGGCCUCUCCGGCUGGACCUCGGUGCUUCGGAGACUCUCCGGUGGGUUUCGGCUUCGGAGGGAAGCAGCGACGCGGCAGCGACGGUUUCUGGAGUCCUCGUUCCUACAGCCCGGCCUCAGCACACGGCUUCCAGGGCCGAGCAUCCGAUCACUCAGAGUCAAUAGAAAAUUAUUUCAGCCCGGCAAUGCUGCAGGAUCCAUGGGCAGGUUUGAAACCUGUCCCCGUCCCUGCGAACGCCUGUAACCGGACCGAGGACUGAGUGGAUGACUGCCGUCAGGCUAACAGUACUUGUGUAUGUUUGGCAGCUUCUCGGGACUGAAGGAGUUCAAAGAUGCAGGACUGGUGGAAGAUGGAAGGAAAAUAUGCCAGCGUGUCUGGAUCUGGUGAUUUAUGUAUGACUAUGUAGUGUUUGAGAGUUUUACUCUGGCAGCUUGUGUACAUAAUGAAAGAAUGUACACACAGUACUACAUACAGUGGCGUGUAGGUUUUGUACUUUUGUUAACGGGCCUGUGGGCCUCCCCCCCCCCCCCCAUUAUUUUUAGUAUUAAUCUGAGAUGUUCUUGUAAAAGUCAAGGAUGCACUGAGUCUGAGGGGAGAAACUGAAUUAUUUAUUUAAUUCUUGUGCAUGAAUGAAAUGUUCAAAGAUGGCCAGCAUUUUUUCGUUUUUUGUUCGGGGUCACCACAGCAGAUACAGCCAGAUCCACAUUGGUAUUUGGCACUAGUUUUACACCGGAUGUUCGAGACCACUAUCUGUGAUCCAUGCAGGUCACUCCCACAGGUCAGCUAGUGUGUGAACCGCUGGUUGAUUGCAAAGUUCUUACAGUAGUGUGAAAUUGGGUUCAUUGACAUGAUGAAUUGUUUUUAAAGUCAUAACUGUAAAUGCAUAACUGUAAAUUACAGUCAGAACUGUAAAUAACUAGAGAUGCAGGGUUGCAGUGAAAUCAGGCGAGCAGGGAAAUAGCAGCUGGAAGCUGUUUUUAUCCAGAGGGAUCGAACACUUCCAUCAGACGCUCUUCACCCCUGACUCCUCUCAGCGUGUCCAUGUCACAUUAGUUCUACAAAUCUUAUUUUAUUUUAUUUUUUAUUUUAUUUUAUUUUUUUGGGGAAAAAGCGCUUCCUCUCCCCAUUCAUUCUCCCUUAGCUGCUUUUGCUGUCAUCACCUAUAGAGGGCGCCCUAUCCAAAAACAUGACUGCAUAUUCUAUUAAAGUUCCUUUGAUGUCAAAA